CGGGAGGGGCCGGGCCGGGCCGGGCCGGGUCGGGCGGUGCUGGCGGCGGCCGGAGGAAGAUGGUGGUGGCUCCGGAGGCGGCGGCGGCGGCGGGAGGAGAGGUGUGAUUGACAAAAUGUCAACAGAGUAAGUGACCUACCCACCAGAACUUGCCAUGAACCAUUUGGUUGGACCGCCUGAUGGGGAGGUAAGCGAAGAGCCAGCAAAUGGGGCAGUGAACGAGUCGGUGGAGGCUGACCUGGAGCAUGCGGAGGUGGAAGAGGAACAGCGGUAUGCAAGUCACUACCCAAGGCGUACAAACAGCAGCCAAGGGGGCCUGUCUGGGCAGGAGGAGGAAGGGAUGUUAGCUCGGUCAGCCAGCACUGAGAGUGGUUUCCACAAUCACACAGAUACUGCAGAAGGGGAUGUCAUAGCCACGGUGGAGGACAGCUACGACACGGAGAGAGUUCAGGAAAAUGAGGAUGAGAGCGCCUAUGCAGUGCAGUACAGGCCUGAGUCUGAGGAGUACACGGAGAAUGCCGAGGCUGAGCAUGGCGAGGCCGUUCAUAACCGAACACUGCCCAACCACCUACAUUUCCAUUCCAUCGAACACGAGGAAGCCAUGAACGCAGCCUACUCAGGUUACGUCUACACACAUCGUCUCUUCCACCGAGGUGAGGAUGAGCAGUAUGCCGAGCCUUACGCUGACUAUGGACUGCAGGAGCACGUGUAUGAGGAGAUUGGAGAUACACCAGACCUGGAUGCUAGGGAGGGGAUCCAGCUGUAUGAGCGGGAGAGGGAGGAAGCUGACAAUUACCGCAAGGAGGCACUCGGUGCCCGCCUUCACCAUUACGAUGAGCGGUCUGAUGGAGAGUCUGACAGCCCAGAAAAGGAGGCAGAGUUUGCGCCCUACCCAAGAAUGGAUAGUUACGAACAAGAGGAGGACAUUGAUCAGAUUGUGGCGGAGGUGAAGCAGAGCAUGAGCUCCCAGAGCCUGGACAAGGCAGCUGAAGACAUGCCAGAAGCUGAGCAGAGUUUGGAGCAGGCUCAUACUCUUGCCGGUGGGGGGCAUGAAAGCAACGGCCAGCUUCCACCUGGUUCUCGCGUUACGUCCGGCUCAGGAGAAACUGUGCAGAGGUACAGCAAGGAAAAGAGAGAUGCAAUUUCACUGGCCAUCAAGGAUAUUAAAGAGGCUAUCGAGGAAGUGAAGACAAGGACCAUCCGUUCUCCUUAUACCCCUGACGAACCUAAGGAGCCGAUCUGGGUGAUGCGGCAGGACAUCAGCCCAACCAGGGACUCUGACGACCAGAGGCCACUAGAUGGAGAUUCUCCAUCUCCAGAUUCCUCUUCACCUCGGGGUGCUGAGUCGUCAAGUAGGCAACAUCACCAGGAUGUCUGCAGUACAGCAGAGCCCUCCACUAAUAAAGAGUCCAGAAAAAGCUUGGCUUCAUUUCCAACCUAUGUUGAAGUUCCUGGACCUUGCGAUCCUGAAGACUUAAUCGAUGGAAUCAUUUUUGCAGCCAAUUACCUUGGCUCAACUCAACUCCUUUCUGAUAAAACUCCCUCCAAGAAUGUGAGAAUGAUGCAGGCUCAGGAAGCUGUCAGCAGGAUCAAGAUGGCCCAGAAAUUAGCCAAAAGCAGGAAGAAGGCUCCCGAAGGUGAAUCUCAACCAAUGACUGAAGUGGACCUCUUCAUUUCUACACAGAGAAUUAAAGUACUGAAUGCAGACACACAGGAAACCAUGAUGGAUCAUCCCCUGCGGACCAUUUCUUACAUUGCGGAUAUAGGGAAUAUAGUUGUUCUGAUGGCUCGUAGGAGAAUGCCACGGUCUAACUCCCAGGAUAAUGUGGAAGCAUCUCACCCUUCCCAGGAUGGAAAGAGACAGUACAAAAUGAUUUGCCAUGUCUUUGAGUCUGAAGAUGCACAACUGAUUGCACAGUCCAUAGGUCAAGCAUUCAGUGUGGCCUAUCAGGAGUUUCUGAGGGCAAAUGGGAUCAAUCCGGAAGACCUUAGCCAGAAGGAAUAUAGUGACUUGCUCAAUACCCAGGACAUGUACAAUGAUGACCUCAUUCACUUCUCCAAAUCUGAAAACUGCAAAGAUGUUUACAUCGAAAAGCAAAAAGGAGAAAUCCUAGGUGUAGUGAUUGUGGAGUCUGGUUGGGGAUCCAUUUUGCCUACAGUUAUCAUAGCCAAUAUGAUGCAUGGAGGACCAGCAGAGAAGUCUGGGAAGCUGAAUAUAGGGGAUCAGAUCAUGUCGAUCAAUGGGACCAGUCUGGUUGGCUUACCACUCUCAACAUGUCAGAGCAUUAUAAAGGGUUUGAAAAACCAGGCCCGGGUUAAACUGAACAUCGUUAGGUGUCCUCCAGUAACAACAGUCUUGAUCAGGAGACCGGACCUCAGAUACCAGUUGGGCUUCAGUGUGCAAAAUGGGAUUAUCUGUAGCCUUAUGAGAGGUGGUAUAGCAGAGCGAGGAGGUGUGCGUGUUGGCCAUCGGAUCAUUGAAAUCAAUGGGCAGAGUGUUGUGGCGACACCCCAUGAGAAAAUUGUGCACAUUCUGUCAAAUGCUGUUGGUGAGAUUCAUAUGAAGACUAUGCCAGCUGCCAUGUACAGACUGUUGACUGCACAAGAGCAACCAGUUUACAUCUAAAGCCGACACCUCACUGUCACAAUGUGCAUGGAGGAUGUUUUUCCUCAUUAGUGCUUGUCUCUCUAGUGCUGCAUUUCUGUGUCCGCAGAGACAUUUCUUUCUUUGUCUCACAAAAAAAGAGACUUUAUAUCUCUUUUCCCUCCCUUUCUCCCCUUCUCCGUAACAUUCUCCUGUAUUUUGGGAAGGGGCAAAAUAUACGGGACUAUUUUGGUUGCAUCUCUUUACAAGUGAAACUAAAUGCAGUUCCACACGCAAAACAGGAAAAUAGCAGCAGCAUUGUUCACAGCAGUAUUCACAAAAAGGAUCGACUCUGAUUCAUUCUAAUAACCAGUUUUAUUUUUGUGACUGUUAUUUGGUAAACUGAAUAAAUUAAAUGUUGCUAAAUGAAAGAUGUCUUUUACCAAACAAGCAGAAGUGUAGGGUGCAAAGUGUUCUCUUGGACAUCCUGCACGUGGCUUUUCUUUUCUUCCCCUAUUUUCCCACAGGCACUGAGCUCUGUUUUAAAGGUUUAUGUCUGUAGGAAAGGUAGAACACCAAAAAGAUAUUUUUGCCCUCAGGAGGAAUACCUGCUUAUGAAGAAUGAGUAAAUGCUGCAGUGGUAAAAUGGACUGUCCAAAUACCUUUUAAUUACCUUCUGUUACCAGUUUUUCAUGAUCUUAGGACCCUAAAAGGUACUCUGCGAGUUGCUGAAACACAUUACAAUUGCAUUAAUUACACCAAGUAAUCGGGGAGGCAUAUUUUACAACUGCCUCUCCCUCUCUACCCCCAGUUUUUGAACUGUUUUGCUCUACUUCAUUUCUAAAUGCAACAUGUCUUCUAUAGUCCCUUGCCUAUUUUAGAAGUUAAAGGAAAGGGGAGAGAAGGAGGGGAGAACAAGAGAAACAAUAUGGGGAUUUGCUGAAUAGCUACACGUUUUCUAGGCUCUUAAUUCUGCAUUUGAUGCACACAGCAGUGUGUGCCAGUGUAUAUAGAUGUUUUUAAAAUUGUGCUUGCUAUUUAUGAAGUUUGAAUAUAAGAGAUCUGCAUACUAUUCUAAGUAAUUUUGUUCUCUGAGCCAGUUCUAACAUAUAUUUUUGUCCAAAGACCUGUCUAAUUUUAUCCUCUUUAGUUCAUGACAUAGAUAACAAUGGGAGGGAUAAGGUGGGAAUAAAUGUAUUUAUUUUGUUAUAUAAGUUAAGUUGUUAUAUUUUUUUUUUCCAUUUGUAUGGCACUUAACAGAUAUAUGUGUGUACUAUAUGCACUUGUAUGAAAAAGAUGUAGGAAAUAUAGGAUUUGAUUGGCCUGUAAUUUGCAUGCUAGGGACAAAAGGGGAAGGGGAAAAAUGGGUUGGUGGUUGGUUUUUUUUAUUGUUUUUCUUUUUUUUUUCCUGUUUGUUUUUAAUUAAAAAAAAAUUGCUUUUCUUUAUAGUGAGGGAAAUUCUCCAUUCUUUGUAGUUAUUUUUGGCAGGACUGUAUACUGGUGUUUACAUUGAAAUUGAACCAUGCAUUUAGUCCAGGCUGGUAACACUGAUUUUCUUUCAAGGAAACAGUUUCUGCUCUGUCUUAGUGCGAUAGGAAGACCCAGUGAGAUGAAGACAAGAACAGGUCACACACACACACGGACGUGUCCCUUCUGUUUUGAGAAUGUGUUCAUGGUCACAGUCACUUGUUUUGCUAUUGCUGCAUGGCGGACUGUGCAAAAUAGGCAUUGUUUGCAGUCCAGUAAUGACACCUAGAAGUGACCCCAGGGAUUCAGGGAAGUGGAUGUGUCUGUGCGUGCUCACGUGUGUGCAUGGGCACACCUGGUGCACACGCUGCUGAGAGCCAUCGAGUACUCUUACCAGAGGUCUGCUUUUGGCUUUCAGGAAUAAUGGGCGUCUGUGGUCUGAUCAGAGGGAACGGGUAUACUUUGUGUUUCAGUGGGUAGUAAAUAUUUAAGGGAGGUAAUGAAGUGGUGCAUAAACUAUUGUAGUAAGUGAAUAUGUUUUAGUGUUGAGGUUAAUGUACGAUGACUUGAUUUUACUGCAGUUCUUGUUGUUAUAUCAUUUAAUCCCAGUCUCUGGAAUAGCAGACUGCACGGGAGUGUGGUGUUGGUAUUCCAGUUAGUGACUUACCUCUGCUACCAGACUGAUGCAAGUAGAUAGUGAAUGACUUGUGAGUAUAUUGUUUAACUGUAGACAUCUAGUUUAUGAUGAUCAUUUGAACUUUUUUUUCCAAAACUUUCCAUAUAUAUAGUAAUAUAUGUAAAUAAGAUAUAUAACCAUGUACAAUUUAGAUUAUAUACAGUGCAGCCUUUCCAUAAGUUGCCUGAGGAAACUCAGUGAACUCUUGUAGACACAGUUACCAUGCUCCUGGUUCCUGCUAUGUUUACACUCUCAGCUUCACUUGUUUCUGUGGCUCUGUAAAACUUAUGUGGUAGGGUCUUUAACUGGCUUCACUGGGAAAUGAGGAGGACCUGAACAUGCAAGGGUAUUGAGGGAUGAAACAACUGCGGCUUUUUUUUUUUAAAUCUUCCAGCCAAGAUUCUGCCAAGUUUCUGGCACUCGAAUGCUUUCAUGGUAAAUAGCCACUUAACAUUAAGCAAGUGAAUGUUAGCAGGAUCAGGGUCUAGUAAAGAAUCUGUUGUUCCAGUUAGGAUGUGUGUGUAAGGCUUUUGAGCUGGGAGGCCCAUGGUGUGGCACACGCUGCUGGUAACUGUCUUCUAAGCAAUCCCUUUUUAAUUCGUAGAGUGAAAGACUUCCAAAAAAUGUGCUGAGAAAGGAGAGCUGACAGUUCUCUAGACUGUUGCAGCAGUUUGUUAGAUGAUGUGUGAAAUUUUAGCAAAUAUGGUGGAACAAACAGCUGGUUUACAUUCCUUCUUCAGUGAUGGAUCUGAUUUUUUUUCUUUCUCACUGCUUUGUGCAGUCUGAUCCUUCAGUGUUUACAUUAAGGAUGAAACAUCCAUUCUUUUUUUUUUUUUACUGGAAAGUUUCACACAUUUAUUUUGAGUUGUUCAAAUUUGAGGUUCAGUUGGGGUUUCCAGGUUUGCUUGCUUUCAUUGUUUUUCUUUUUUUAAAUAAAAUAAAUUUCUGAAGACAGCAAUGUGGUUGAGAUCUCUUGUACAUAUUUAGCGCAGUACCUAGACUAUGAAGUUAUAUUAUUGUUCUGUAAAGAGGGUGAAUAGAAAUUAUUGUAAAGCGUUGGGAGAAGUAUAGUAUUGUAUUUGUAACAAUAUUGUUCUUUGUAAACAUUUAAUGAUCUCUAUAUAAAAAUAUAAAUAUAUAUAUAUAAAUACAUGUGAGCCUGGAAUGUUGAUACUGCACAUCUACUGAAUGUAAUUCCUCUGAUGUUUUUUGCCACAGGUCUCUGACCUCUGUAAUGAAGCUGCUGUGGUCUGAUUUGGGGGGUGGGGGGCGCGGAGGAGGAAUGGGCUUUUAAUUUGGGGGGUGGGGGGAUGGGGGAAGGAGUUCUGGCCAGCUGUUUUGUUGUGAUGUAUUUACUGUGCUACAUUCCUUUAUUUAACAGAGCGCUAAUGUCUGUAAGAUUUACAACAAUAAAAUACAAAACAAAAAUA